AUGGCUGAAAGUCUGAUCGAUGCUCUGGAAAAGGUCCACCUGUCAGCGGCCACUGCAGAAGACACAGCAGACGACUGGAUAGACAGCAUUCUCUCAGAACAACGCCCCCGAAAACGAGUAAAGAAGUCUCCAGAGGACCUCAAGCGCGAGCUGGAACAGAAAUACCUGACACCAUCUACUAAAUUCUCUGCAGAAUGGCUUAACAAGCUCCAGCAGAGAUGGGAAGCUCCCACGGACUACACAGCCCUCUUUAAAAUCGCACCGACUCAGACCCGGACUAUUACCCGUUUCACGCGUGAAGGUCUCUCCGGGAGAGUUACUGGGUAUAAGGAGGUGACAGUACCGGCAAACAGCGCCACGGCGAAGAACAGUACCUCUUUCCUGCGUAAGCCAGCGAAUAGGGCAGACUUCGUAAGGGGUGCUGCAGGAUUCUUUCCUUUUGCACCGGGUGGAUUAGAGGGUGUUGAAGCUGCGGCAGCACUAGAGGAACAAGCUUUGAAGAGUGGCAAUGAAGAUCUGCUCGGUGGUGGCACAAAGAGCAAGCUCGAGAGGGUGAUCAAUAUUGGAGAGGGGGGGCUGCUGGAGGUUGCGCCGGGGUUUAAGAGGGGUCUGGACUUUGGGAAGAAGAAGAAGACCGAAGGUGAUGAGAAAGAGGCAGAUGAAGUCCUGGGCGUGUUGGACGAAGAGCCCGCUCAUGAGCUGCCAGAAGAAAAAGCAAGCGCUGUCGCUGGGGAUUCGAGCGAUACUUCAGAAGAGGAAGGAGAGGACGACAUUGACUCUUUGCUUCCUGUUGAAUUCCCAGCUUUGGAACCACGUGGUGUACUCGCUGCGUCCAGUUCGAAGAGGGGAGGUCGGGAAUGGGCUCAUAUGGUUGACAUCAAGCGAGACAUUACUAACUUCCGUGAGCUCGUGCCCGAUAUGGCUAGAGAAUGGCCUUUCGAGCUCGACACUUUCCAAAAAGAAGCGGUCUACCAUCUCGAGACCGGCGAUUCGGUAUUCGUUGCAGCACAUACGUCUGCUGGGAAGACAGUAGUGGCCGAAUAUGCUAUUGCUCUCGCAGCCAAGCAUAUGACCAAAGCCAUCUACACGUCUCCAAUCAAGGCUUUGAGUAACCAAAAGUUCCGGGACUUCAGACAGAUCUUUGACGAAGUUGGAAUCUUGACAGGCGAUGUGCAGAUUGCACCAGAAGCAAGCUGUCUCAUCAUGACUACCGAGAUUUUGCGGAGUAUGCUUUACAGAGGAGCAGAUCUCAUCAGAGAUGUCGAAUUCGUCAUCUUCGACGAAGUGCACUAUGUCAAUGAUCUCGAGCGAGGAGUAGUGUGGGAGGAGGUUAUCAUCAUGUUGCCAGAGCAUGUUACAUUAAUUCUUCUAUCUGCUACAGUCCCGAAUACUUACGAGUUUGCAUCUUGGGUUGGUCGAACGAAGAAGAAAGACAUUUAUGUCAUUUCAACACCGAAGCGACCAGUGCCACUUGAGCAUUAUAUUUGGGCCGAGAAAGGUAUCUACAAGAUUGUGGAUGCGGAGAAGCGGUUCCUCGAAAAGGGCUGGAAAGACGCAAAUGAUGUCUUGUCCGGUAAAAAUAAAGUCAAGGCCCUUCCUCCUGCCGAGGCUAACACUCGUGGUGGAGGCAAUGCCCGUGGAGGCAGAGGCCAAAACCAGCGUGGUGGAAAUCAAAGAGGCGGUGGCCAGCGUGGAGGUGCGCCACAGCGAGGCCGAGGAGGACCCCCUCGUGCAAGCCAUGCUCCUGGCCACAUGGGAAGAGGGGGCCGGCCUGGCGGUAGGACAUCUGCUGCUCAGGAUAAGACUCUUUGGGUUCAUCUUGUGCAGUUUCUGAAGAAAGAGUCUCUGCUUCCAGCUUGCAUUUUCGUAUUCUCCAAGAAGCGAUGCGAAGAAAAUGCGGAUGCGCUCAGCAACCAGGAUUUCUGCACUGCGACAGAGAAGAGCGCCAUUCAUAUGAUCAUUGAAAAAUCGAUUGCAAGAUUGAAGCCGGAAGACCGUGUCUUGCCGCAAAUUGUGCGCUUGCGAGACAUGCUUGGCCGAGGUAUUGCUGUCCAUCACGGUGGCAUGCUUCCCAUUGUCAAGGAAGUUGUUGAGAUGCUCUUUGCACAGACCCUUGUCAAAGUUCUGUUUGCGACAGAAACUUUUGCCAUGGGACUGAACCUGCCAACUCGUACAGUCGUCUUCUCGGGAUAUCGAAAACAUGAUGGCCAUUCGUUCCGCAACUUACUGCCAGGUGAGUAUACUCAGAUGGCUGGUAGAGCUGGUCGAAGAGGUCUGGAUCCUGUUGGAUCAGUGAUCAUCGUCGCUCCUGGCGGUGGUGAAGCUCCACCAGUGACUGAGCUGCGACAAAUGAUUCUCGGAGAUCCCUCCAAGCUUCGAUCGCAGUUCAGAUUGACGUACAACAUGAUCUUGAACUUGCUUCGUGUUGAGGCGCUAAAGAUCGAAGAGAUGAUUAAGCGAAGUUUCAGUGAGCAUGCUACUCAGCAACUCCUACCGGAGCACGAGAAGGCUGUCAAAGUAUCGGAAGCGGAUUUGGCCAAAAUCAAGCGGGAGCCCUGCAACACCUGUGAUACUGAUCUUGAGAAAUGUCAUCAGGCUGCUCAGAACGUCAUACAGCUUACACUGGACUUGCAUCUUGGCCUACUUGCCACUCCUGUCGGACGACGAUUGUUUUCUGCUAAGCGAUUGAUCGUCUACAGCAGGGAUGGUAUUAGAACACCUGGCAUACUUCUUCGCGAAGGUGCCACAUCGGGUCCUGCUCCUACUGUUCACGUACUGGAGAUCAAGACCUCAAGAGACCAGAGAGACUCCACUGACUUGUUCCCGUACUUGCCGAAGUUCAGGAAGUUCUUCACCAAACUGCCUCAGCAUAAGAAACAUAUACACGUCAAAACAUUGCAGAUACCUGUCGCUGAUGUACAAUGUGUUACCAACACAGUAGUCAAGGGUGUCAUCCCGGAGAUCUUCUCUGGUGGCGAUGCAUAUCAGGAGGCAAAGGGACAGAUUAGUCGACUCUGUCAAUCUUGGGAAUCGGAUCAGUGGAACGAGCUGGACUGGACAAAGUUGAAGGACAUGCAGUUGCGCGAUAACCUUGCGAAGCGGAUGGAUGAAGCCACUAUCGCCCAGAAGGCUGAGUGCCUGAAGUGCCCUCAAUUUGUGAAACAUUUUGCAAUGUGUCACGACCAAUGGCUCAUCCAAGAAAAUAUAUCACAACUUCGCCAGCUGAUGUCCGACCAGAACCUCCAGCUUCUUCCUGACUACGAGCAGCGUAUCCAAGUACUCAAAGACCUUAACUUCGUUGACGAAAGCUCUCGCGUCGAGCUGAAGGGCAAGGUAGCUUGCGAGAUCCACUCUGCCGACGAACUCGUUCUCACAGAAUUGAUUCUCGACAACGUCCUAGCACCUUAUGAGCCCGCCGAGAUCGUCGCCCUACUGUCUGCCUUUGUGUUUCAAGAAAAAACUGACACCGUGCCCAACCUCACCGGCAACCUAGAACGUGGCAUGAAAACCAUCAUCGAGAUCUCAGAGAAGGUUAAUGAGCGUCAGACUUAUCACCAAGUUAUCCUCUCAUCCGAUGACUCGAAUGACUUCGUAUCCCGACCUCGCUUCGGACUCAUGGAGGUCGUGUACGAGUGGGCUCGUGGCAUGAGUUUCAAAAACAUCACGGACUUAACCGACGUGCUUGAAGGUACUAUUGUUAGAGUUAUCACCCGACUGGAUGAGACAUGCCGUGAGGUAAAGAAUGCGGCGAGGAUUAUUGGUGACCCGGAGCUCUUCGCGAAGAUGCAGACUUGUCAGGAGAUGAUCAAGAGGGACAUUACGGCUGUUGCUAGCUUGUAUAUGUAG